AUGUCAGCGCAUGGCAUUAUAGGCCCUUACUUUUUUGAGGACGGCAGAGGCCGCGCGCUUACUGUUACUUCACAACGGUAUGUAGCUAUGAUCCAGGACUUUUUUACACCAGAGUUGCAGAAUUUUCCAGGCUUCAAUACGCGGACCUGGUUUCAACAAGAUGGAGCAACUGCCCAUACCUCUAACGUCGCUAUGCCGGUCGUCCGUCAACUUUUCCCUAAUAAAGUGAUCUCUCGAAGAGGAGAUAUUCCUUGGCCACCACGUAGUCCAGAUCUGACCCCAAUGGACUUUUUCUUAUGGGGUUAUCUUAAGACUAAAGUGUACGAAACCAACCCGCGGACAAUUGACGUCCUGAAAAAAAAUAUCCAAAGAGAAAUGGCAAACAUUACAGAGCUUACUUGCCACGCAGUGAUGGAUAAUUUUAAACGUCGCUUACAGGAGUGCCGCGAUCGUAACGGAUUACAUUUAGAUGAUGUAAUUUUCAAAAAAUAA